AUGUCACCGGAGUUUAAGAAGUACUGGCAAAACUUGGAAUUGGACAGAUGGAUUGGAGAAGCAAUAUUAAAGGAAUCCUUCCCGGAAUUAUACAAGUUGGAACGGAAAGAACGGUGUAAAAUAAGUGAUGGUAUCCAACCCGGAGGGAUUAGAUGGGAUUGGAAAUCAAACCCGGCUCUCAUGUCUCAGCUCAGUGAGGCUGACAUGGUAUUUCGUGUUGAUGUACUUAGAUCAAAAAUCGAUGGGAAAGAUACAACAACACCACCAGGGGAAGGUCUAAUAAACUGGAUUCAUGAAGUCCCUUUAAAGGUGAAAUGUUUUAUGUGGAGGGUAGCUAUGGACCGUAUUCCAACUGCUACCGCCCUGCUUAAGCGCGGUGUGCAAAUUGGGACCUCCACAUGUUCCUAUUGUAAGUCGGAAGAUGAAGACGCCGCCCACGUGAUACUAAGAUGCCCAAUGGCUGCCAAGGUUUGGGAAUGGGUGUUUAUCUGGUGUGGGCUACCUGGAACAAAGUUUGGGUCAAUUAGUGAGCUUGUGAAACUUCUUACACAAUGGGGUACAUGUCCAAAUAAAGAAAAAAAAUCUUAA